GCUUUACCUUAGGAGAUUAUCUUUUUAGGGCCAUUCGGCCGACGACCGGUAUGUUGGUCUUCCGUGUCCGGGGUACAUUGACACUACGAACCAGCUCCAGAACAUGGUCUAUUCUAUCCUGUCUUGUGCCUUGAACUGAUUCUUGCUGGGACAUUUCAUUGCUGUCAAUCACAUAUGAACCUGAGUUCUCUCAUCCCUGCAAAGCCAAGUUUCAAGGGAAUGAGGCUGAGCAACAGAAAAAGCAAAAAAAGGGAAGAGCAGCAAAAGCGAGGGAGGGGGAAAAAAAGAAGCAGGCACAAUGUGCGUCAUGCAUCCACGUUCAGCCAGCCAUUUCUCUCAAGGCCUUCUCAUGGUGGUGCUCCCUUUCCCUUCCCUCCCGUCGGAUUUUGCCGUUUAGACUCGGGCAUAUUGCCUACUUCCAUCCCUCCCGUGGUGAUUUAUUCUAAAGAGGGUAUUUGGGAGCCGUCGGUUUCGAUGUUCUACGGAGCUUCUUUCGCCGGGCGUCUCCCGACACGAGUCCCAUCCGACAGUCGAUUGGUUCUGAUUACUCAGAAGGGCUUUUCUGGACCAACCUUCCGCUUGGCGCAGCAAAUCGUAGUUGGUUUUGAUGGAGGACCUGAGUGUGGACCCGAUCUACUCCUCCUCGUGGCGAGCACAACCCCAGUGCUACCAUGGUUCCAUCUGAACCCAAAGGGGCUGAUUGCCUAGUAUUUACUCCCUUCCCAAGGCUCCGCCCUUAAGGAGUCCGAUUGGAACAUCCAUUUCACAAACCUAUUCGGGUAAAUCGAGGAGGUGUCUGCAAUCGCUGGUACGAACAGGCGGCAAGACGUCAUUUGCCCAACCAUGGGUGAGCCCUUCCAACAGAGACACUCAUGGGGUCAGGAGUGACUGUCCUGU